ACGAUGAAGAACGAGAAUCAAGCUAUGAAUUAGCAAAAAAAAGUCGGAAAAAUCGAGUUCGGGUUACUGCGCCAGGAUUGAGCAACCUCGGAAAUACUUGUUUCUUCAAUUCUGUCAUGCAAGUUGUUGUGGGUACUACUGUACUUCAUGAUAUACUUACACCGACGAAUCCUUACCAUAAUCCGCCACAUAUUGAUUCAAAAAAAUGUAUAGCGGCCAUAAAUGAUGUCGAUGAUCUCACCGAUGCUUUUAAAAAAUUUCUUCAACAGAUGUGGCGGGCUCAGGAAAGUAUAAUUGCACCGAGAGAAUUAUUUUCCGAGAUUUCUAGGAAAUGGCAACAAUUCCGUGGAUGGAGACAACAAGAUAGUCAAGAACUUAUGCGCUUUUUAUUUGAUGGAAUAAAAAGUGAGGAGCUUAAGCUGAUAAAGAGACAAAGAGAGCGAGAUGGAAUGAUGUCAAAUAAUAAUGAAGAUCAUACCGAUGAUGAAAAUUUGGAAGAUUCAGAUGAUGAAAAGCAAGAUGUCAAAAAAUAUGAAUCUUUUAUUGACGCUUGCUUUGGUGGGAAAUUAGUUAGUCUCAUUAUAUGUAAAGUUUGUAAUAAAUGUUCGUAUUCAUACGAAGAAUUUUUAGACGUUUCAUUACCCAUUAAAUCCCCUUCCGCGGACAACGAUAAGAAUGACAACCCAUUCCGUUAUGAUUAUAACACACCAUUCAGAAAGGAUAAUUCUUCUCAGAGUGAUGGUGAUGGUUCGGAAGGUGAAGAAACGAAUUCUGACACUGAAAUGGAGGACGGAAUUUCAGAACGGGCAAGAAUAAGGAUCCAACGGCUUUUGAGAGAUCUUCCAUCAGAUUCAGGUCGAUCAAGUCCAAGCUUAUCAAAGGAACCAAGUAUAACGCUUCGAGAUUGUCUGAAGAGUUUUGUGAAAGUCGAAACCUUGGAAGGGGACAACAAGUUUGCCUGUGCUAAUUGUUGGAAACGUAAGAAAAAGCACGAAGAACAAAAGGAAGAAACUGAAUCAGUUGUAGAAGAAAAUAACGUACGUGAAGAUGUUGAAGAUGAUAAUACUACGCCGAUGGAAGUGGAUGGUUUACAUCAAACAGGACCUGAAAAUUCCGCAAGGAUUUCAGAGGAAAAUUCUGCAGUUACUGAAUCGUCUUCUGUUGAUAAACAUGAUGAUGACGAAAGUUCAUCUCCAUCUAGUUAUGGUUAUAUUAAUUCGACGUACUCGGGCACAAGUUCUUCAACUACAUCCAAGCCAGUAUCAGAACCGGAAUUUAUUCUUCGUAAAGCUUACAAAAGGUAUCUUUUUGAUUCUUUACCUCCCGUUAUGGUGUUUCAUUUAAAAAGGUUCCAACAAGUUGGAAAUAGAUAUUCGAUUUCAUCUAGUAUGAGAAAGAUUGAUGAUUUUGUGGCUUUUGAUGAAGAAAUAGAUGUUGGUGAUUUUGUUAUUCCGCCUGAAAUUGAAGAGGAAAAUGGUAUUAAUAAUGAGCAUAUUAUUGAAAACAGUAACGAUGGUAGUGUGUCGUCAAAUCAAAGUAAUCCACGUAAAUUUGGUACCAAAUAUCGACUUUAUGGUGUAGUAGUACAUCUUGGAAGUUUAUAUAAUGGACAUUAUAUAGCGUACGUACUUUCAAGGAACAUUAUUAGUGAUGAUGAACAGCCAGGAGUAUCAUAUAAUGAUAAAGUAAAAAAUCAUAUAACGGAUGAUCAAAGGCAAUGGAUUUAUUGUAGCGAUAGUUCUGUAAGGCCUGUUUCAAUAGAUGAAGUACUUAAUAGUGGAGCGUAUUUAUUAUUUUAUGAACGUGUAUGUGAGUGA